CCAAGUUAGUAAACCCAUCUUUCCUCCAACAAACUGGUAUCAGAGCCCCAAGGUUCUUGUGAAAAUGGCAAGUGGGAUGAUUCCUUUUCAAGUCCCCCAACUCAACAAGGAUAACUACGACAAUUGGAGUAUAAGGAUGAAAGCAUUGCUCGGGUUGCAAGAUGUAUGGGAGAUCGUAGAGAAAGGCUACAUGGAGCCAGAAGACGAGGUUGCUCUAUCCCAAGCACAAAGGGAUAGUUUGAAGGAUGCAAGGAAGAAAGACAAGAAGGCGCUCACCCUCAUCUAUCAUGCCUUAGAUGAAGGCAUGUUCGAGAAAGUACCUUGUGCUACUACAAGUAAGGAAGCAUGGGAGAUCUUGCAAAACUCCCACAAAGGAGUUGAGAAGGUGAAAAAGGUUCGACUUCAAACACUUCGAGGUGAGUUUGAAGCUUUACAUAUGAAAGAAUCGGAAUCAAUUUCUGAUUACUUCUCUAGAGUAUUAGCUAUUGUGAAUCAAUUAAAAAGGAAUGGAGAAAAGUUGAACGACGCUCGAGUAAAUGAGAAGAUACUUAGGUCUUUAGAAUCUAAAUUUGACUACAUAGUUGUAGCCAUUGAGGAAUCUAAAGAUCUAGAUAGUAUGAGUGUCGAUCAACUCAUGGGAUCUUUACAAGCCCAUGAGGAAAGACUAAGGAAGAAAGUGAAAGAAGAGCCAUUAGAGCAAGCUUUUCAAACAAAGCUCACUUUGAACGAGGGUGAAGGAAGGUUCAAUAGUAGAAGAAGCCAAAGAGGAAGAGGACGAGGCCAAGAUCGAGGAAGAAUUGCAUUCUACAAGGAGGAAAGAAGACAAAGUUCGUUUUCUACUAGAGGUCGCGGAAGAGGAAAGGUACGAGGAAAAAUGAAGGACCAAGGUAUGACAAAUCUUAAAUUAAAUGUUACAAUUGUCAAAAACUUGGUCAUUAUGCUUCAGAAUGUAGAAAUAUUACUAACCAAGUUGAGGAGAAAGCCAACUACGCUUGUUGGGAAAGUGAAGUGGAUCAUGCGCUACUGUUGGCUUACAAAGGUGAAGAUAGCAAAGAAAGAACACUUGGUAUUUGGAUACAGGAUCAAGCAACCAUAUGUGUGGAAGAAAAAAUAUGUUUGUGGAGUUUGA